AUGGCGAAUUUUGAACAUUGAAUUUUUUGAUGGUGAAUUUUGAACACAUCGAAUUUUUUUGAUGGCGAAUUUUGAGGACAUUGAAUUUUUAACUGGUUUUUAGAAUUUUGAUGACCUAAAUUCAGGCAUAAAAAAUUCACAUACGAAAUUUUGAUGCAAAAAAAUUCAAAGUAAGAAAUUCAGCAGCUUUUAAAAUUCAGAAUCUGAUGAGUCUGAUUUGCUUUCAUAAGAAUGGAGGUGAUUGGUGCUCACUGGAGGAUUCAGGGUGGAGAAAGCUGCAGACUCCCAGAGGUGGUGUUGGUCACAUGUAUGGAGCGUUCUGGUUGAUUAUAAUGUAAUAGUGAGUGUUUCUGCCCCUUAAAUGUGUUAUAAUUUGUUUGUAACCUUCUCAUGGACGAGUAACAGAUCUUGUAAAGACAGAUCACUAACCUCUUACAGUUUCAUACUCUUUUUUAGCACAACAUGUGUAGAGGCUUCCCUAAAUCAUUGUACAAAACAGAAAGAAAAAGUAAUUUAUAUUUGUAGUGACUGCCGUUCUCCCCCCACCAGAUACUGAUUAUGAGUUGGCAAACAUACGGCCCACGGACCAAAAGCAGUCCUCCAGAGGGUCCAAUCCGGCCCUCAAAGUGUAAAAAACACAGAGAAGAUAUUAACUGCAGAUUAUAAAUUAGUAAAACUAUAAAUUUAAAAUCAUUUCUAGACCAUGACAAGCUGUUUUGAUCACAAAGUAAAAUACUAGAUUGUUCAUUGUUCUUUUGUUGUUUUGUGUCUUGUUUUCCUAAUAUUUUGACGAAUUUUUGUUGUUUUUUGUCUGACUUUUAUCAUUUGUCUCACAUUUUGGUCAUUUUGUUUCUCGUUUUUGUCUCGCUUGUGUUUUUUGUCUUGUUUUUGUCACUCUGUGUUUUGCUUUAUUCAUUGCUUUGUGUAUCACUUGUGUCAUUUUGUUUCACGCUUUUGACAUUUUUUGUCCUGAUUGUGUCAUUUGUCUCAUUUUUUUGUCGCUUUGAAACUUUUUUGUCUCUUUUUUGUUUUGUUUCGUGUGGUUUGUCUCAUUUUUUUGUCUUUUUUUUCUAUAUUUACCCUGUAAAUGUCAGGAUCUACUGUUGUUACAGUCAACUGUGAUUAACACGGAUCUCCAAAAAGCACUUUAUAAAAGCCUAACAUAUUCAGGCUUAUGUCAUCUGUCCCGCAACUAUUCUUGAGCUAAAAGUUAUUUUCUAAGUCACUUUAAAUUGGACCAAUUAUGCAGCGUAGAGAAUCGGCCCUGACUGGGAUGUUGGUCGAGCCGUAGUUUACCGCAAAAUUGAGUAAAUGAUCCUUUUAGUGCCUUCACAGAAAACCUCAAAUUACAUUAUGUGUGCAGCCAAAUAGCUUUGUGACCAGCAUAGAGGGUGGUUGGAGUAAUUAAAACUAAAUGCAUGCUGCACGCUUUUCUUGUGACCAAAUUGUGGCUUUUAUGCAGCUUUUUCUUUAUAUCCAACCGUCAAACAAAAGCCUGAGACCACACUGACCUCCACAUGUCUUCUGUCCUGUUUCUGCCUAAUAAGAGGAAACCUACCAGAUUCCUCCGAGGGUCCGUCCAUUUGACUCGGUCACAGCUGAAGCUAAGGAUGAAGACGAUCCGUGUCGCGUCACGCUGCAGUCCGACCAGAUAUGACGUAACACGGGUGCCUCGCUAAUCGCCACGAUGCUGAGACUGGCAUUGUAAAGCCUUCACCCCUUUUUCAGACCAUCCUCUCUGGAAAUCCUUCCUAUUCUCCUGCAAACACAUCCUCCUUUCCUGUCUCCUAAAUAUAGCUUCCUUACCUUCUCAUUUCCUUCUGUUGGCAUCAUGCAGGGUGUUUCUCCCACCUCCACUCUCCUCUUUCUCAUUCUCCCCUCCCUGCUAUUUUUCUCCUAUUUCCCCAACCUGGUCAGCGGGGACUGCUGGCUCAUUGAGGGGGACAAAGGCUAUGUGUGGCUGGCGAUAUGCAGCCAGAACCAGCCGCCGUACGAAACCAUCCCCCAGCACAUCAACAACACGGUGCACGACCUGAGGUUGAAUGAGAAUAAGCUGAAAGCUGUGCUCUUCAGCUCCAUGUACCGCUUCACCAACUUGACCGACCUCAAUCUCACCAAGAAUGAAAUCAGCUACAUCGAGGACGGAGCCUUUGCAGGACAAGCCAACCUACAGGUUCUUCAGCUGGGCUACAACAAGCUAACAAACCUAACGGAGGGGAUGAUGAGAGGACUGGGCCGCAUGCAGUGCCUCUUCCUGCAGCACAACCUCAUUGAGGUCAUCGCCAGCAAUGCAUUCUGGGAGUGCCCCAGCCUCAGCAGCAUUGACCUGUCAUCCAACAAACUUGCGCGCAUCGACCCCUCCACGUUCACAGUUCUCAGCCGCCUGAUGGUGUGUGAACUGGCAGCCAAUCCUUUCCACUGUGGCUGUGAUCUCUACAGCUUCCUGACCUGGCUGGAGUUCUUCAACAACGUCUCACACACCUACGACCGUCUCCAGUGUGAGACGCCGCGAGAGAUGUUCGGCUUCCCCCUACUGAGUCCCAUCGCUGCCGGCCAUGCUGGUCGGAACGCCAAGAACAUUUUGUACCAUCACUGCCGGGAUGGUGUGAUGAUCCCAGGAAUGACUUCCCUCCCGCCAGAUCUGGACGGACCUUCUGGGAUCGGACCGGAGAUGUUCGGUGGUGUGGGUCCUUACCACCAGCCCACCACCUCCUCCUCAUCUACCGAGGACAGCUUCAGUCCCAGCAUCAAGCUCCAUCACGUCUCCUUGUCGUCGGCCUCUCUCCUGGUGAAGAUUCCGAGGCCCUACAGCAAAAUGUACAUUCUGACACAGUACAACCACACGUACGUAUCCGAUGUCAUGAACUUGAAGAACAAGAAGGAGAUGAUCACCCUCAACAAGCUCAAGCCGCACAACAACUACACCUUCUGCGUAGCAUCUAUCCGAAACUCUCAGCGUUACAACCACACCUGCCUCCAGUUUUCCACUCGAGGUCAAAAUGUAGACGAUACGCUUCCCACGCCUUCCACCACCACUCACUACAUAAUGACGAUUGUGGGCUGCCUUUUUGGCAUGCUCAUUGUUUUGGGCUUUGUGUAUUAUUGUCUACGUAAGAAACGGAUGCAUGAUGAGAAGAAGAAGUCCAUCUGCGUCAAGAAAACUAUCCUCGAAAUGCGCUACGGGCCCGAGGUGGCGGCAGCGGUGGCUAACGAUCCAUCAGCAGUCCACAAGCUUCAGGAACAGUCCAGAGAACAUCACCAGUAUCAGCAUCACCACGGAGGAAAAAUGCCCAUGUCCACAUCCUCCAGCUCGGGAAUGCUCCACUCAGCCAACACCACCUCCUCAAGACUCUCCUCUAUCCCACAAGUGGAAAAGAUCGCCACUGCCUUUUCAGAGGCCAUGGCUACGAAUAAAGGAAACUACAUGGAUGUCAGGACUGGAGGGGCAGGGAUGGAGAGGGUGGUAGACGGAGGCCAUGUAGGGAUGAGGGGGGACGACUUGAGGGAGGACGAUGGAACCGAUCUCGGCGAUGACUCCGAUGAUGAUGGACAUGGUUCUGCAUCAGAGAUCUCCACCAUUGCCAUGGAGGUGGACAAGGUCAACCAGAUUAUUAACAACUGCAUCGAUGCACUGAAACUGGAUGCUGCAGCAGUUGCAGCUUCGGGGGCUUCUACCAACCCCCAAGUAUCCUCAAACCCAACCUCCCCACCACCCACCAGCACAUCCUCCCUUACUCGUGGCCUGAUCCCACUCUCUCAAGGGGUGACAGAAACAUGCCAGGUCAUGGCUCCCAACAAAAUACCCCCUCCGCCUCCACUCCCUGCCCUGAAUGCCCCCCUCUCUGAGCGCCCGGGGAUCAGUGGUGGGGGCUUCGUCAUCACUCCCCCCUACAGGCCCCCUCCUCCCGCCACUGCUGUACGUCCUAUUCAGCGGCAGAUGAGUGCAGAUGCUGCUGUGGUUAUUGUAAAUGCUGUCAAGAAACAGUGCAGCACCACAUCUUGUGGCUCCAUGGGUCGAGACAGGGAACGUGGCGGAGCCAGGGUGUAUAGUCUGGAUGUUCCUGAGCCGAGGAGUCCAGACGCCUGUAAUCAGCAGCAGCAGCAGUAUUCUGACCGGGCCAGUCCUGUGGGCUGUGGAGAGCCCCUGGAGAGGCUGCCUUUAGUCGGGAGUGGGAGCUGUGGUGGAGGGGGUGGUGGUUGCGACAGUGGUGGUGUUGGUGCCCAACAUCAGGAAAACCAGAUGACACACCAUUACCAUCAGCAGCAGCAAAUACAGCAGCAGCAGCAGCAGCUGGAGGUGCAGCAGGACUACCACUGCUCGGAGCACCGCCACUCCGUCCCAGCUCUCUAUUAUGAAGGGUCACAUCAGGGCUCCCCGGCCCAGAGAGUUUCCUUCCUUAAGCCCCUGACACGUUCCCGCAGGGACGCAGCUUCUUACUCCCAGCUUUCACCGGCUCGCCACCAUUCCAGUUACUCUGGCUAUUCCUCGAGCCCAGAGUACUCCUCAGAGAGCUCACUGCGGAUCUGGGAGCGUUUUCGUCCCUACCGGAAAGGCCAGCGUGACGAGGCCUGUUAUGUGACGGCUGGAAAUGCCCUUCGAAAAAAGGUGCAGUUUGCUAAAGGCGAGGACCUGCAUGACAUCCUUGAUUACUGGAAGGGCGUGUCGGCGCAGCAGAAGCUGUGAUCGGGGACCAGAGUGAAGCGUUGUGGGAAAAAGAGAUACUUCUUUUCCUGAUUGGCCUGUGGGCCAGAGAAACCAUUUGAAGUUCAUGGGGAGAAAAAUGUAGGACAAAAUCUUGCCUUUGGGUUUGUGUUAUUUUUUGGCAUGCUAGGUGUAUAGAAUAUUGUGAUACGAGCAAGGACUGUGAAACUGUGCCUGGAAUCUGAGAGUCAUUACAGUGUUUUGUUUUACACUUCAUUGUAGCACCUUUUCUGGAUCAUUCUUUUUUUAGUGGGUACAGAUUUCAUUUUUAUUACAGGGAGAAAAUGCCAACUGUGUGAUUUUCUUUGGGUGGUCACGUUUGGUGAUCAGUGGACCAUCUUUACCAGUGCCAUGUUCUGAUCUGUGUCCAGUCACAGAGGAUAAAUGCUGAUGUCCUUCAUUUUAGGCUUGUGCAAUCCCAGACUUUCCUGUUUCGUAUCGGGUGCUGCAUCAGUUGGCAGCAUCGGACAUGUUUAGACUUCUAUGACGAGGUGGGAUCUGUGCUCUGUUAAAAUUAACAACAUGCGGAUUAGCGAACAGAGUUGUCAAAUGCAGGCGCUGUCUCUCUUCUCUGAGAUCCUUCUUUGGGUUGAGGUUUUUUGCAUUUCCAAGGCAUCUGUCACAUGAGAAGAAAGGGAUAAUAGAAUAAAGGAAUAAAAGAAAUGAACACAUGAGCUCGGGGAGAAUUGUGAAGUGGGCAUGAAGGAAAUAAUGAAAGAGAGAUUAAAGUGGAGCCUCGGCUUAAAGUGCAGAUUGCGAUCGAGGUGUUAAAUAAGAAACAAGAAACACUCUUGCAUGGUUUUGAUUAAUAAGGUGAUAAAAGGAUGUUCCCCUACAGAUGCACCAAAUUAUUUUAAAUUGCAUUUGCCUGAUUAAUGGUCAGAAAUGUGGUCUGAGUUUGAAGUAUUAAAGAAGACAAGUUAAAAAAUGUCAUAGUAACGGCUGUAAAAUUGUGAGAUGCGAUGGAUUAUUUUUUCUUUUCUUUCUUUUUAGUGGCCUCUGUCCAUGUCAUGUCAAACAAGUCAUGAAUAUCUUCCCUUUUGGACAUAAAAAGAGCAUCAAAGUUCACAUUAGGAGACUGGUAAUGAAGUUAACUAAACAGACUUUGUUUUAUGCUACAGAACCACCUGGUUAGUUUGAGGAUCAGAGUAUGGCGUGGGUUAGAACCCACCGCUGUUGUUUUCUAGGUUACUAGGAUACCGGUCCCGCCACAAGAAUAACCCCAAAGCAUCUCACAGUUUUACAACUUCCAGGGCUGAUGUAGCCGGCGACAGGGCUGGGUAAGCUCACACAAUCUCCUUACAAAAAGCCACAAGAGACGUGACCCAUAUGUGAAAGAGACCAAGAGAAAUUGAAAGCACGAGGGGGGCAUGAGAGGGGAAAAAAGCGAUCAAGAGGUCAAUCGUGGAUACAAAUAAUUUUCAGCAGCCACAGAGAAUGUAAGUAGAUUACAAGCAGGUUACGGGGAAAUCUAUUUUCAUCGUUCAGCGUGAGCACCACGGUACAUUCCAAAUCCCUCCUGUGACAUUAAAACUGAGCGGGGCACAGAGGGAAAGGACACUUCUGAUUACUGCCAAUGUGUCUGUUCUGUUCUGGAAAUUAAUGCUGUUGUCGUCUAUAAUUGAUAACUCAAUUAACCAAUGUGUGACAGGCAUGUCUGCUUGCACUUUCUGCCUCAUGGUUGUGUGUGUGGUGCACAGUGGUCCUUGUCAGCGGGUGUCGGCAUGCUUUGUCAGAUUAUAUUGUAUAUGCCCAAACUAACUUCAAUUAAUAUUUGUCAAUAUUUUGCCCAGUGGCUGGUUGUCUGAACAAUACUAGAUUAUUAAUGGCAUGUACAGAUGUCAAACAUGUUCACUGUGUUUUCUUCAGAUGACUGUCCUUCUUGCUAGCGCAGCCAUCACCUGAUCUCUGUUCAUGCGUACGAUUACUUGGCCUUUUCUUGCCUCAUUCUAUUGAGAUGAUGCUCCUAAAUGAGAGUACCACGCCUGACGUCCUGACAAACGGCAUCCUGCUUACCUAAAGCGCUGCGUAGCCGCUAAAGUUUUGUCACAAUCAGAGACAUCCUCCCUUAAAAAUGUGAAUUAAUGCUCCUAGAAUUUUGUUUUUGUUCAACUUUAACAUCAGGAGCUUUUUUUAAAUUAUUAUUAUUCCUCUUUAGAUCUUCACUUUUACACUGCCAGUAAUGUCCAUUAGCUCCUCCCUGCUCCCACAGCUCCAGUGGGAUAUUUCGUAGGAGGGUUCCAAACACGUUGACUUUGUUUCAUUAAGUCUGAAAUUGUGUUCCUUGCAGGCAGGACAUGGGUGUGUACAGCACAUAUCAACACUGCUUUUGUGUUUUUGUUUUUUUUUUCUUUUUUUAGCAUGUAAUUGAUUCGGCAGGGUGAAUGAUAUGUAAAAGUCCGUUCAUGUAUCUCCACGCUGAUCUGUGUAAAGCUCCCUGUUUGUUUCCAUCCAACUCUCCCUGUUUCAUUAACAUGUGUGGAUAUCUGUGGGUCCACAUGAGAUCGAGGUUUCUGAGAUGCACCGCCUCAUCCGCCUUCUUUCUACGAUAAAGCACCAUGUGGUGAACGUACAGGACAGUCCUGGAUUUUCUUUGUGUUUUUUUUAAGUCUCCUGGUCAUCUCCUGUUAUCUGAAGUUUCCAAAGGAACACGUUACUGUGACUGACUUUCUCCAAAACAGAGCGAAGGAUUUACUUUUCUUUGUGUUUUUGCUCUCAGACUGAUCUAAUGCCGCAGCUGAAGGAACUCGGUGCGUUUAACUCCCCACAUCCACAACUGCCAUAACGAGUUUACAGAACAGGACGCUGAGGAACAGGAAACGCUGAGGAACACCAGGACGGUCAUCAUUUCAGCUGCCAUUUCCAUCUACCUGAUAAAAUAUAAUGUGACAGCAAAUACGGUUUAUUACUCUUUCCAUGGAUGGACUCUUAAUUUCUUACAUUUUCUACUUUAGUUAACAUGUUUAACACAUCAGUGUGUUUUUCAGGUAGUAGAUUUUCAGGCGACAGAUUUUCAAGUGCUGCUCUGCUCAAAUCUGAUUCAGUUUCAACGUCGGUGUGAGAAUAUUUUUAAUGACUUCUAAGAAUAUUUCACAGCAAAUGAGCACCGUCGCUGUAUUUGGAGAGGAUAUUGUGUUUGGAGCUGCUGCCAACAGAAACACAAGGGGUCACGCAAAAUGGAAAUGAAAGCCAGAUUAAACAACAAUUAAAUCUGAUGAGCCAAAACUGUCAGUCCUGUGAGUGAUUUGCAAUAAAAACAGUGACAAAUGUCAGCAAAAGAGUCCUCCAGUGUGGUCAGCGCUGCUCUCUGGAAUAAACCUCCGCUAAUUAUUAUCAUUUACAAAGCCCUAUUUAGUGUUUUGCGAUAAACAAGUGUGUUAAUUGGCUUUGGCGCUUAAUUGAUAAUAAUAAAAAAAAAUACUUUUCUGUUCUGCUUAUUGCAGAAUUGAGGAUGCAGCUCCAAUAAUCUAACAGCUAAAUGGAUUAAAGGCCACAAAUACUUCAGCGUUUCUGUUCCACAAAGCCAGCAUCAAAUAAAUAAACUUUCUUUUUUCUUCCUCUCUGCCUGCAUCCUCGGUGAACCCCGGGGAUUGGCUUGCUUGGAGAUGGAUGGUCCAUUUUGUAGCAGCAUCCUUGUUCGUCUGAGACCCACAGGAAGGCCAGACAUGACAAAAGCAUCUGAUGUGCUAUUGAUGUUGAAUCUUUUUGUUGAGAGACUGGCUCGGGUUUCUUCUCCAGUCGUCUGUAAAACGCCACGAAAUCAGAGACGUUCUGAGUUUCUAACGCUUUGAUGCGCUCCGUAUUUAAAGUCCAGCCAAAAUGAAAUUAAAUUCUGGUUUCUUGAAUUCAGGGAGUGGGUUGAAUCAGCAUCUAAAUGACUGCAGGGAAAAGUUUCCCACAAUACCGUACACUUUUAUCCUUGUUACUGGUGUUGAAAGUGAAACUAUUUCCUUAGAUACACAUCCACUAGAUACUAUGGGCUGUAACUGUAAUUAGUGCAUCAUUUACUAAUUAAUAAAUUAGUCAGAAGGAUCAUUCCAGAACUGGAGGACAUUUGGGAUUCAAAAUGAUUGAAAAAUCAACCUUCUCUUUUACAGUUUUCUGCUCCAUAUUGAUCAAUAAUAGGUAUUGAUUGGCUCAGCUUCCACAUCAAUGGUAGCAUUUUUAUUCCAUGUUUUCUGUGUUGUUUGCUAACCCUACUCUAAUCACAGUAACAGGGUUGCUAAUCCAUGCUAAUGUGAUCUUUUUCUCAGCAGUAGAAGCUAGAUAUUUAGCUGCUGUUACUGCUGACCAAGAGGACAAACUGACUGAUGGAAAACAGUCCAAAGAAUGAGUCUGAUCCUGAUAAUAUGAGGUAGAGUGAGACAUUCAAUCAAGGCUGACAAUGGGAUGAAAAGAUGAAAAAUAGAAGAGAGGACAUAGCUUUGAUCUACACAUUCUUUAGGAAAACUGUUUGGUGAUGUAAAUGACAAAAACAAGACACAAUAUGACAAAAACAAGACACAAAAUGACAAAAACGAGACACAAAAUGACAAAAGCGUCAUCUACAGGUUCUGCUAACAUGUUGUGGGACACAUUCCAUGUAUAAUAAUUACUAUUUAAAAUAUUAUAUUCUAUUAUAAUAUUAUUUUAAAAAAUAUUCCCACAGUUACAGAGACAUCAAUGAAAAAAUAAAACCAGAAAAAUUAUUUUUAAAUUUCAUUCUAAUUAUUUUAUUAGAGAUUCAGUUUGGUCAUCAGGGGGACAAGAGAAAAAUGUCAUUUUAGGGGAACUCCAGACUUAUUUGGUAUUUAUAAAAUAUUUUCAAACAUUCUUUUCUCCUCAUUUUUUAGAUUUAGUCUCAGGACAAGAACAUUUACACAAUAACUGCAUGUUUUAGUAUUUUCUACAUGGAUUAUUGGAAAUUUGAUGGGUGGGACAUAGAAUAUCCUUCAGUUCUGGAAUGACCCAUAACCUAAACUACAGAAUGAUUAUUAAUCCCAAAGCAGCAGCAAACCGAACACACGUUUUCAGCUUGUUUAUAACAUUUUCUCCCGAUCUUUUCCAAUGCCGCUCCUCUCCCCACAUCACGCACAAACAACAAGGGUAGAUGGCAAACAUGGAACAUAAAAAUGUGAGUCAGAGUGAGUCACGGGCUGACGAAAACAAAAUGACUCUUUUCCUGAAAGGCAGGUAAAUGGGAAGGUCUGCAGAGAGGAGGACGGGGAGGAGGGACUUUAGCUGAACGCAGGCAGGAAUGAAUCAGCUUCACAUGAGCCGUAACACAAACACACACUCCUGCACAACAGAAGCGUAUUACACCACUUAUUACUGAACUUAUUACUAAUUCAGAAUUUCUUGCGACUGUUUAAAAGCCUGGAGGAAGGCAGCUUCGUUUCCACUUAGUUUCACAGCAGGUGACAGGCAGGUAUUAGCGCUGAGAGACAGUGGGCUGCAAAUCCUUUCAUUUGGUAUCUUUGGACCUUUUGUCCAACAGUCUAUUAAGUCCAUUAGCUAACUGUGUGGGAGAUUAGCCCGUGUUUGAUAAAUGAAAACUAUCCCGUGUGUCUCCUCAUGAAAACCACACAAGGGCUGAUGUGAUGAAAUUAAACGCAUGCCAUUUUUGAUGUCACUCUAAUGUGAACGUGUAUUUAUCUAAAUAAUGAAGAAGGAAGUCAGUGGAGAUAAAUGAAAUGACAGAUUUCUUGGCUCUGACGUUGCCAGGGCUUCCUUUCUGACUGCCAAGCAAUUGUAAAAAUGUGUGAUGUUAAAAGCAUCCGCUGACAACUGAAAGUCUUUGAAAUUCCCCCUAAAUCAUGAGGUUUGUGAGCAGAAGAGCAUUUGAAAAUCCUGCAGGUAAAGCCACAUAGGGCUGAGGUUUGCCACCUGACUGGACCCAGUUUCCAAAGACGGACAAAGGACUUAAAGAAUCUGUGAAAUAUCUGUGAAUUUUGUAUACUAGAUAAAUGAAAAAAGAAAAAACACUAAGGUUAAAAACGCUUCUAUGGAUGUUUUAUACUCAGCCUGAUCUCUUGAUAUGUCUGUGUGUUUCUCUACUUUCAGUUGGUUGUUUGUCUUUGUUUCUUUCGUUCGGGGUUCUUUUGGAGGGGAGGGAAUCACGGGACAGACUUUUACUACUUGCAACAAUAUAUGUUAUAAAGGUUUAAGAGCAGAGAAAGCUUAACAUAGUGUACUACAUAAAAAGAGAAGUUGUUAUAUUUGCAUGAUUCCCUGUAUUUUUUGAGAGACAAAAAUAUAUUGUUGUGUACAAUGAGUGGACGUAUGUUGAAAACAAAAACUGUAGGGGCUGAAUACAGUGUUGUCUUUGAUUUGAACAUCUAGGUUUUAGCCGUUUUUUUAUUCUCGGUGAUGUUUCGUAUUUACAUUCUUGCCUACUGGUUUUCAUUUGGGUGAUUGUAUUAUAAACUGCAGUGAUGCUGCUCUGGAGGGUGUAGAGACGCUUAAAGCUGCCGAUUGUUUACAUCCAUCUACACUUUAUUCUGCAUUAGAGACAUGUAAAGCUACCUUCCUACCUUCAGGUCCACAUCAGUUUGUGGCUCUAUUUCCUCUUAACUCUUUCUUUUUUUCUGAUUAAAAUAAAUUAAAAUCUAAUGUUUUCAGAGAAUGCUGGCGUGAUGCAGGCCCACACACAGUGGACAUCUAAUGGUCUUAAUCUCAGUCCAUCAGUUAGGAGUCAAAUGAAUGCAGCAUCAGCAGCUUCUCCCCGAGCCUCGGCCCACUCGCUGUUAGCGAAAUCAAUGAUUUUCAUUCCUCCUCCGUUGGUCUCUGAUCCUGCUGGCUUUCCAUCCAACUAGUUAAUUGAAUUUACCUUCCAUAAAUCACUCUUUUAUUACAACACUAGUUUAACGCUAACUUUUUUGCAUGCACAGAAAGGAGAAAGAAAAGGAAAAAAGUGCACCGCUGCAGAGGCUGAAACUGAAACGGACAUCUUUGUUUCUAAAAAUGACAAAUAAGAGUUGAAUAUUUAUAUAAACCACCUCACUGACAAUGAAUUUAAGCAUUAGUCCCACCAGUCAGACUUAGCUCUGUCUCUAUAACAUGUUAGUAACACUUACUGCCGCCCUGCUGGUGCAUCAGUUAGCGGAUUCAUGCAGUGACAGCGGCCCAUAAGUCAUAACCAUGUUUACUUUCUGCUCUGAUAAUACUGAGACCCUCCAGCUGAGAUAUUUAUUGCCUAUUCCGUGGCCCAGCCGCUGCCAGAAACCCAAAGAGGCAUGCCUUGUCAAUUACAAAGAGAAAAUGAAAUGCGUUAACCUCUGGGCUAAGUCUGCUCCGUGCCGUAUCCGGCUGCAAAUGUGCAGAGUUAUGUUUUAAUUGGGUAAAACUGCACUGCAAUCAGAUGAGGUGGCUGUUAUUUAUCGGUUCUGGGGGCUCAUCUGUAACUCGGCGCUCUCAUUUCUCCAACCCUAGGUCCGGAGCGCUGAAACUCGCUAAGAGGUCUCGUCACGAUGAGACCAGCUGCCUUUCGGUGUCAGGAGCCUAUAAUUCUGAUCAACGCUAAUGUUUCUGCGCUCACAGAUAGCAGAGGCUGGAAAGCCAUUGCUAUUCCGAACACACAGGCCAGUGCCACGCUGCUCCAGAGGCAGAAUGAUUGGCCUUGUCAGUGCCAGAGAUUGAAAACUUAGCAGCUUCCAAAAAUGGCUGUCAGAGCAGAGAGAGAUGGCCGAGGAGAAGCUCCGUCCUCGGCUGCUCGAGGAAAUUUAAUGUCUGCAGACUGAUCUGCUCAGAAGUGGUGUCUCGGCCUCGCAGCAACAAAAGCAUUGAGCAUUAAUGUUGGCCUGGUGGGCCGCAUGAUGCACAAACAUGAUGCAGAAAGUUAGGAGAAGUGAUUCAACUUCUGCUUUAAUUCUUUACAUCCAAGAAACACAAGCAGACACAAGUCAGUGCACACGUUGAGGGGAGUCCAACGCAGAUUCAUAAAACACAGAGUUAAGACUUUAUUUUCAUUUUGUUAAUUAGUUUUUUUCCUUUUUAAAAGCAAUUUUUCACUCAUUUUUCCAGGAAAUGCAGAUUUUUCAGGUUGUAACAGCUGAAUAUACAUAUAAAUAGCAUGAACAGCCCCUAAAAAACAACAGUAUCUGUGAUCACAACCGUGUAAUAUACAAUAGAAUUACUGCAGUGCUUAGGCACAGCCGCCAUCUGUGUGACUCCGAAGCAGUUUCUCACAACAUCACCAUGUCAUUUCCGUUAGAUUUGAACAUGUAUGUAACGUUUGUGUUGAUUUAUGGCUCUUGCCCUGUCGACAGUAUCGGGAGGUCUUUAGGUUUUUAAAGGCAAGAGAAGGGAAGGGCCAUCGUUGUAUUAAAUUAAACUCCUGUAGGUGUUAAUUCUAUUCAAAUCUAAUGCGACUCUCCCCUCUGGUUUAAUGUUCAGAGACCAAAAGGGAAAGGCAAAACAAAGGUUUGGAUUAACGGGAACAAAUCUUGGCUUUCUGCUUUCUUUAAUUCUUUGUUGCUGAUAAUGACAUUUUUCCCUUUGCAAUUUCUGUACAAAAGAUCUAUUUAUAUAUUUGCAAUAAAUUUGUAAUUAAAAAUGAAAAUCAUG